AUGGGCUAUCUCAAACCCGGCGAGAUACAAUACCUUGCCGCACCUGCGCGGCAGGUUUAUCCAAGAUGGCUGGCGAAGAAGAGGGCUAAUGUCACCCGUCUUGGGGAAGCCAGUGCCCUCAAUCGGCUGGUUGAGGAUGUCGAACCGCUCGAUGAGAUGGGCGCCCGCAUCAUGUGGCUCCGAGAUCGCAAGAAGGCCACGAAAGUCGUGCUUUUCUUCCACGGGGGUGGAUACGUCGCUCCCAUCUUGAAAGGCCACUUCACGUGGUGUUGGAACUGUUAUGUCGGCGACAGUUCCGGCAUGAAGAGCGAGGUAGCCGUCGCCAUCCUCGAGUACACGCUCUGCCCGCAGGCACAGUACCCGUCGCAGCACUGA